AUGACUGCGCAGGCUGGACCAUCCGGCUCGUUGCCAACGCUCAAGACGUCCAAGCUCUCGCCCGUUGUUCUCGAUAACCACUCCUCUUCGGGGAUUGGCAGCAACAUCAGCCUUCAUCCGCUACCUAUUCUCAACAUCUCCGAACAUCUCGUUCGAACCAGACUGCAGAGCGAUGAUGCAGAGCUGACAGUCUACGGAGUGCUUCUGGGAACACAACAAGGACGAGACAUCGAGAUCCAAAACUCGUUCGAGAUCAGGCUUGAUGCAUCCUCAUCUACCACACCAGCACCAACGAUCAACCAUGCAUUCCUCAAAUCUCGCCAAGCACAGUACAAGCAAGUAUUCCCAACACUGGAUCUUCUCGGGUGGUAUACCAUCGGCGACAUUCCCACACCGCAGGACCUCGAGAUUCACAAGCAGCUGCUCGCAUACAACGAAACGCCGCUACUGGUUCAGCUCGACCAGACAGUGUCGUCAUUUGAGCACGCCGAAGUCAACGGAGAGCUGCCGAUUCGUGUAUACGAGUCGGCGGUAGAGCUGGUGCAAGGCGAGACGACCAACUUCUUUGUGCCGACAGGGUACAAGAUUGAAACGGGCGAAGCGGAACGCAUCGCUGUCGACCACGCAAGUAAGGCUGGUGCUGAAUCAGGCGGUGGUCAUGAGAGCACUAUGCUGGCGAGCAUGCAAGCGCAACACAGCGCAAUCAGCAAACUCAAUGACCGCAUUCGACAAGUGCUAGCUUACCUUCAGGCUGUCAAAGAGGGCCAGGCGGCGUGGGACCAUGAAGCGUUGCGGCAGAUACAGACUGUCGCUGCCAACUUGCCGCAGACAGUGUUGCCAGAGCUGCAAGAGGAACUUCUACGGGAACACAACGACGUUCUCCUCACUAACUACCUCUCCGUGUUGACCGAGAGCCUUCACACCAUGAACGAGCUGACGGACAAGUUUGAGGUGGUCCAGGCUGGUGCCAAGGACGAUGCCGCCGAAGGUGCGAUCGCAGCAGCAACGUCGACAAGCGGAGCACAGGGACGACGAGGUGGCGGUCGGAGCUCGACUCUUCGAGCAGUAUACAGCUGA